CACUCGGGCGCCAUCUUGUCUUUUUCGUGAAGAAGUAGGAGCAUCGAAAGGUUUGGAGAGGUAUUACAGGAACGGUGGCGACAACGGUGUUCCGGAACCAGAGUGGAAAAAUUGAGCAGAUGGUACAGAGUUCCCAUAUAAACACCCCUGCCUUACACACGGUUUCCUUAUUACUAUUAUAGGGCAUAAGUAAUCUUGCUGCUAUGCUUCCAAGCUGUAGUCUGAAUCAACCUAAAUUUUAAACAGAAGGUGAACCUCUGAGUUUCUUUAUCCUGGAAGUGAGAUCCAAAAGCUCAAAUGGAUUCAGUUUACCAUUUUUGGUGAAAAUAUUCAUAGUGAUUCUGGGGACAUAAUAUUGUAUCUCAGGAGGAGACUUCCUGAAUCAGUUGUUUCAUUAGAUUUGGUAGAAAGUCAAAUAUAUUUUAAAAGUCAGGAUGUGGGAUCAAGGAGGACAGCCUUGGCAGCAAUGGCCCUUGAACCAGCAACAGUGGAUGCAGUCGUUCCAGCACCAGCAGGAUCCAAGCCAGAUUGACUGGGCUGCAUUGGCUCAAGCUUGGAUUGCCCAAAGAGAAGCUUCAGGGCAGCAAAGUAUGGUAGAACAACCACCAGGAAUGAUGCCAAAUGGACAAGAUAUGUCUGCAAUGGAAUCUGGUCCAAACAAUCAUGGGAAUUUUCAAGGGGAUUCAAACUUUAACAGAAUGUGGCAACCAGAAUGGGGAAUGCAUCAGCAGCCCCCACACCCCCCUCCAGAUCAGCCAUGGAUGCCACCAACACCAGGCCCAAUGGACAUUGUUCCUCCUUCCGAAGACAGCAACAGUCAGGACAGUGGGGAAUUUGCCCCUGACAACAGGCAUAUAUUUAACCAGAACAAUCACAACUUUGGUGGACCACCCGAUAAUUUUGCAGUGGGGCCAGUGAACCAGUUUGACUAUCAGCAUGGGGCUGCUUUUGGUCCACCGCAAGGUGGAUUUCAUCCUCCUUAUUGGCAACCAGGACCUCCAGGACCUCCAGCACCUCCUCAGAAUCGAAGAGAAAGGCCAUCAUCAUUCAGGGAUCGGCAGCGAUCACCUAUUGCACUUCCUGUGAAGCAGGAGCCUCCACAAAUUGAUGCAGUGAAACGCAGGACUCUUCCAGCUUGGAUUAGAGAAGGUCUUGAAAAAAUGGAACGUGAAAAGCAGAAGAAGUUGGAGAAAGAAAGAAUGGAACAACAACGUUCACAGUUGUCCAAAAAAGAAAAGAAGGCCACAGAAGAUGCUGAAGGAGGAGAUGGCCCUCGUUUACCUCAGAGAAGUAAAUUUGAUAGUGAUGAGGAAGAUGAAGACACUGAAAAUGUUGAGGCUGCUAGUAGUGGAAAAGUCACCAGAAGUCCAUCUCCAGUUCCUCAGGAAGAGCAGAGUGAACCAGAGAUGACUGAAGAAGAGAAAGAGUAUCAAAUGAUGUUGCUGACAAAAAUGCUUCUGACCGAAAUUCUACUAGAUGUCACAGAUGAAGAAAUUUAUUACGUAGCCAAAGAUGCACACCGGAAAGCAACGAAAGCUCCUGCAAAACAGCUGGCACAGUCCAGUGCACUGGCUUCCCUCACUGGACUCGGUGGACUGGGUGGUUAUGGAUCGGGAGACAGUGAAGAUGAGAGGAGUGACAGAGGCUCUGAGUCAUCUGACACUGAUGAUGAGGAAUUACGGCACCGAAUCCGGCAAAAACAGGAAGCUUUCUGGAGAAAAGAAAAAGAACAGCAGCUGUUACAUGAUAAACAGAUGGAAGAAGAAAAGCAACAAACAGAAAGGGUUACAAAAGAGAUGAAUGAAUUUAUCCAUAAAGAGCAAAAUAGUUUAUCACUACUAGAAGCAAGAGAAGCAGACGGUGAUGUGGUUAAUGAAAGGAAAAGAACUCCAAAUGAAACUACGUCAGUUUUAGAACCAAAAAAAGAGCAUAAAGAAAAAGAGAAACAAGGAAGGAGUAGAUCCGGAAGUUCUAGUAGUGGUAGUUCCAGUAGCAAUAGCAGAACUAGUAGUACUAGUAGUACUGUCUCUAGCUCUUCAUACAGUUCUAGCUCAGGUAGUAGUCGUACUUCUUCUCGAUCUUCUUCUCCUAAAAGGAAAAAAAGACAUAGUAGGAGUAGAUCUCCAACAAUUAAAGCUAGACGGAGUAGAAGUAGAAGUUACUCCCGCAGAAUUAAAAUAGAGAGCAGUAGGGCUAGAGUAAAGAUGAGAGAUAGGAGGCGAUCUAAUAGAAAUAGCAUUGAAAGAGAAAGACGAAGAAAUCGGAGUCCUUCGAGAGAGAGACGUAGAAGUAGAAGUCGCUCAAGGGAUAGGCGAACCAAUCGGUCCAGUCGCAGUAGGAGUCGAGAUAGGCGUAAAAUUGAUGAUCAACGUGGAAAUCUUAGUGGGAGCAGUCAUAAGCAUAAAGGUGAGGCUAAAGAACAAGAGAGAAAAAAGGAGAGGAGCCGAAGUAUAGAUAAAGAUAGGAAAAAGAAAGACAAAGAAAGGGAGCGUGAACAGGAUAAAAGAAAAGAGAAACAAAAAAGGGAAGAAAAAGAUUUUAAGUUCAGUAGUCAGGAUGAUAGGUUAAAAAGGAAACGAGAAAGUGAAAGAACAUUCUCUAGGAGUGGUUCUAUAUCUGUUAAAAUUAUCAGACAUGAUUCUAGACAGGAUAGUAAGAAAAGUACUACCAAAGAUAGCAAAAAACAUUCAGGCUCUGAUUCUAGUGGAAGGAGCAGUUCUGAAUCUCCAGGAAGUAGCAAAGAAAAGAAGGCUAAGAAGCCUAAACAUAGUCGAUCGCGAUCCAUGGAGAAAUCUCAAAGGUCUGGUAAGAAGGCAAGCCGCAAACACAAGUCUAAGUCCCGAUCAAGAUCAACAACCCCUCCCCGUCGUAAACGCUGAGGAGUGAUGUGGCAAGAAUGCCAUGAUGUUUAAAAAAUUCCAUGAGUUUUAAGGGCUUGUCUCAUUAUAGAGGCACAUUGUGGCUGUGUAGGUGAAAUCAGAAUCUUUUUUUUUUUUUUUUUUAAUCUGUAAAUAGGUGUACUUUUUCCAAAUGCUGCUCCAAGUUACUUAAUAGGAUUUCUUUGUAUUACUUUUUUUUCAAAAAAUAGUGCUUAAUAAGACUAUAAAUAUGCCAUUCUCUUUCAGCUGUAAUGUUCUUAGAAUUAUUCUUGAAUGUACUGUGAUGUCAAUAAAGCUCUUCAGUUCAUUUUUGUUAA